CGCAGCCUUCAAACACACUAGUGUGUGUGCCAUAACAACACCACUACUCCUUCAAAGUUGUGGGCGCAUUUUCAACAGUGAACGCAACAAUUUGGGAACUCGCCUGUUCCUUUUCAAUAACAUUACUGUGGACAGAAUAAAGCAGACAAGUAGUGGAGUUUGUUUGCAAAGGAAGGUUCCCCCUUGCUUUCAGCCUUAUGGACAAUAUGAAGUGCAGUUAUGGCAAAAAGGGGUAAAUCCGUAGUGAGGACCCUGGAGGAUUUGACGCUGGAUUCGGGUUACGGUGGAGCCGCGGACUCCUUCAGGUCAUCCAGCUUGUCUCUGUGCUGCUCCGAGGCGCACAUCUCCUAUGCGCAUGGAGGGCACUGCUUGCAUCUGACCGACUCCAUGCGUAGUCGACACAACAGCAUAGACACCGUCAACACUGUCCUGGCUGAAGACGGCGAGACCCUGGAGUGUUCCGGACACAGUGCGAAACUUCCCGAGCUUGAGGAUGUGCCCUGGAGCCUCGGGGAGGUGGAGAACGCGCUCAACAAGGAGGAAGAAUUGAGGUUCGGGACCGUUUCCGCGGAUCUGCUGGCGCGCCUCUCCACGCUCGUGAGCCGCGCUCUGGUGAGGAUCGCCAGGGAAGCGCAACGACUGAGUUUGCGCUACAGCAAAUGCACCAAAUACGAAGUCCAAAGUGCCAUCAAGAUGAUUCUAUCGUGGACCAUUUCGGUCAACUGCAUCGCCGCGGCUCUCAGCGCGCUGUCCAUGUACAACAUGAGCACCGAGGAUAAAUUCAGCCGGGGGAAAUCGGAGAGAUGUGGCUUGGUCUUCUCCGUGGGGAAGUUCUUCAGGUGGAUGGUAGACAGCAGGUUCGCAGUACGCAUCCACGAGCAUUCGGCCAUAUACCUGACCGCCUGUAUGGAGAGCCUCUUCCGAGAGGUCUUCACCCGGGUGUUGAAUAGCUCGGUGGUGGAGAAGGAUAAUGGGAUCCCCAAAUUUACACUAGAAUCCUUUGAGCAGGCUCUGAGCAAUGAUUCGGAGUUGUACGGCCUCCUAUUGCCCUAUCAGCACCUCACAUGUGGGAAAAAUGCCAAUGGAAUCCUCAGUUUGCCAGACAGUUUGAGCCUGCACAGGAACCAGCAGCGCUCGAGUAAAGCUGGAGACGCCUACACUGAGUCCGAGCAGCGUACUAUUGAGCAGUCCCUGCUGGCCACACGCGUGGGGAGCAUCUCUGAGCUCAGUGAUUUAGUGUCCAGAGCCAUGCAUCACCUCCAGCCUCUGAGCAUAAAGAACCACAGCAACGGCACUCCGCUCCCUCAGAAGUGCAGCCUGAUCCACUGGGAACCCGAGGCUUUAUAUACGCUCUGCUACUUCAUGCACUGCCCUCAGAUGGAGUGGGAGAACCCCAACGUAGAGCCCUCCAAAGUCACCUUACAGACCGAGAGGCCAUUUCUCGUUCUGCCUCCUCUGAUGGAGUGGAUCAGAGUAGCUUUGGCACACACGGAGCACCGCCGCAGCUUUUCUGUGGAUAGCGAUGAUGUUCGGCAGGCAGCCAGACUCCUGCUGCCUGGGGUGGAUUGUGAACCCCGCCAGCUGAAGACGGAUGACUGUUUCUGUGUGUCCCGUAAGCUGGAUGCUGCCUCGACCGAGGCCAAGUUCCUGCAGGACCUCGGCUUCCGCAUGCUUAACUGCGGCCGCACUGACCUCGUCAACCAGGCCAUCAACUUACUAGGCCCCAGUGGAAUCAAUAGUAUGAGUGAACAGGGCAUGACCCCUCUGAUGUACGCAUGUGUCCGUGGUGACGAAGCCAUGGUUCAGAUGCUGCUAGAUGCAGGAGCCGACAUCAACAGUGAGGUGCCAAACACUGUGCAAAAGUACCCCUCAGUCUUUCCAGAGACCCGGCAGGCCACGCCUCUCACCUUCGCUGUACUUCACCAGCACAUCCCCGUGGUGCAGUUGCUUCUGGACGCUGGAGCUAAUGUGGAGGGCUCUCUGCAGGACGGGAUGGAGAACUACACUGAGACGCCUUUGCAGUUAGCUGCCGCUGCAGGGAACUUUGAGAUGGUCAGUUUGCUUUUGGAGAGAGGAGCGGACCCCAUGGUUGGGACCAUGUACCGCAAUGGCAUUUCUACCGCACCACAUGGGGACAUGAACUCCUACAGUCUGGCCGCAGCGCAUGGACACAGGAACGUGUUUUGCAAGCUUCUGUCGCAGUCUGAAAAGGGGAAGGCAGAUAUUCUGUCUCUACAGGAGAUCUUGGCUGAGGGAUCAGCGAUGGAAGAGAGAAAUUCUCUAAAGAUGGAAGCAACCCGCACAGGGAAGGCUAAACUCAAAGCUCUGAGAGAGGCGAUGUAUCACAGCUCUGAACACAGCUAUGUUGACAUCACAUUGGACAUCAGAAGUCUAGGGGUGCCCUGGACGCUGCACACCUGGCUGGAGUCACUGCGAACUUGUUUCCUGCAGCACCGGCGGCCGCUGAUCCAGGGUCUGCUGAAAGAGUUCAGCUCUAUAGAAGAGGAGGAGUACACAGAGGAACUCAUAACACAUGGACUCCCACUCAUGUUCCAGAUCCUGCGUGCCAGCAAGAAUGAAGUAAUUAGUCAGCAGCUGGCCAUGAUAUUUACUCAGUGCUACGGGCCGUAUCCGAUCCCCAAACUUACAGAGAUCAAGAGGAAACAGACAUCAAGACUGGAUCCUCAUUUUCUAAACAACAAGGAGAUGUCAGAUGUGACCUUCCUGGUAGAGGGACAGCCAUUCCACGCUCACAAAGUUUUGCUCUUCACUGCCUCCAACAAGUUUAAAUCACUUCUGGCAAACAGACCAGCUGCUGAGAACACCUGUAUUGAAAUCAGCCAUGUCAAAUACAAUGUAUUUCAGCUGGUGAUGCAGUAUCUAUACUGUGGUGGAACGGAUUCACUUCACAUCAGAAACACUGAGGUUAUGGAUCUCCUCUCUGCAUCUAAGUUCUUCCAGCUGGCGGCUUUACAGAGACACUGUGAGAUCAUCUGUGCCAAGAACAUCAACACCGAAACUUGUGUGGAGAUCUAUAACCAUGCUAAAUUCCUGGAGGCACCUGAGCUGUCGACCUACAUCGAGGGCUACUUUCUAAAGAACAUGGCAGUUCUCAUAGAGCUUGAGCCAUUUAAACAGUUGCUCUAUAACCCCCCGGUGGAUAACUGCUGCCCUGACGUGUUGCAUGAUCUGGAGAAGACGCUGGCCACACGCAUUCGCUCCAUUCAUCUGUCCUCCUCGAAGGGAUCCGUCGUCUAAAACUGCCUCCAGACCUCAUCAAAGCAUGCUGAGAUCCCAACACGUGCACUUCCUUCAGGACUCUAGCAGUGCAGUGUAAAUUUGUUCAUCACUUGCAGUGGUAGUAGCAAUGCACUCGUAGUUCUCCAUCUAGGACUGUGGUGAUCUCUUCUCAACA